AUGACGGAUAGUGCAACAGCUAGUAGUAGCGUCUCGCAAAAAACAGCAAUGAAAGACGAAGGUAAAUUUGUCGAUUUACCAAAUGCAAGAGAAGGCGAAGUCGUUGUACGAUUUCCACCGGAAGCUAGCGGCUAUUUACAUAUUGGUCAUGCUAAAGCUGCCCUUCUCAAUCAAUAUUAUCAAAAAACAUUCAAAGGUACACUAAUUAUGCGUUUUGAUGAUACAAAUCCAGCAAAAGAAAAUGCGGAAUUUGAACAGGUUAUCCUCGAAGAUUUGAAAAUGUUGGGUGUCACAUAUGAUCGCUUCUCGCAUAGUUCCGAUCAUUUUGACACGUUAAUGGAUUAUUGCAAGAAACUAAUUGAAAAAGGUAUUGCUUAUUGCGAUGACACAGAACCUGAAGAAAUGAAAGCUCAACGCGAACUNGCAAUCUCAUCCUUUUCUAGAUUCUUCCAAGUGUCUCUUCAUCCAUUCAGACACUAA